AAAAAUAAGUGUUAAAAGGUUUUACAUUUUUUUACCUUAAAAAAAAUUGUUAAAAGGUGGUUAAAAGUUGUUUAAAUGUUUAUUAAUUUUGAAAAAUAAAUCAAUAAUAUAUUUAUUAAAAUUUUCACACUAAUAAAUCCAAUCGUGUUUUAUUUUUAGUAUAGGAAUAAUAAAUAAAUUUUGUAGUGAUUAAAAUUUGUUUAUACUGUCAAAUAAGUAUAUUGUUAUCAACAAAGGUAAGAGUUUUAAUUAAAAACUAAAUAUAAUCAUGGCUUCGGACGAUACGUCAUGGCGUACUCCUUCAUUUCGACAAGGAAUGGCUUCAAGAAUAGAGGAAGCUAUUCAAAAAUCAGGAAUGCCAACAGCCAAGAACAGCAGCGAUAUGGAGAGUCAUGUAUUUAUGAAAGCCAAAAACAAAGAGGAAUAUUUAAGUUUCAUUGCUAGAUUGAUACUUCACGUGAGAGAAAUGAAUUCAAAGAAACAAGGUGGAGGAAUGGCACCUGGUGGUAAUGGUCCAAAUCAAGGAAUGUCUGAUCCAAUUGGCGCAUUACAAACUCUUGCCAGACAAGGAACGGGAAAUAAUCAAAUGAUGGGAAUUCCAAACACGGGGGCAAAUCCACAAGGAAUGGUUCCACAACCAAAUACAAAUGCGGCAACUAAUCUUCUUCAAAGUUUAAAUCAAAGACCCGGCCAAGGUGUUAAUAUGCCUGGUAUGCAAAAUAAAAUGCCUGGAAUGGGUAUAAUGCCAGGCCAAGCAACGGGUGCCGUUGGUCAUAUUGGUCAAAUGCAAGGAAUGCAAAAUAGUUCAAUAUUAACGCAAAUUAAUCAAAUUGGCCAAGGUAAUAUGCCACAGCAAAUGGUACAAAUUGGACCUGGCCAAAUGGGACAAAUGGGAACACAAAUGGGUGGUGGACAAUCGCAACAAAAUAUACAGAAUCAAAUUCCAAAUCAGGUUCCUGGGCAAAUGGGAGGUUCAAUGGGAGGUGGUUUACAAAGUGGGAUACAAAAUAAUUUACAAACUGGUAUGCAACAACAAAUGAAUCAAAUGGGCACGGGACAAAUUGGUGCCAAUCAAUUGCAACAACAAAUGCAUAGCGUUCAGAGAAAGCCUCCGGAAAUGAUGAAUGUUGGUUUUCCUGGACCUAGAAACGUUACACCGAAUCAAUUUUUAAAUCAAAGUCCUUCACCUUCUGCACCGAGUCCAGGAGGACUGGGCGCUCCUCAAAGCAACCAAAUGGUACCUUCACCAGCUUUGGCUCCUUCUCCAAUGUCUCAACCUUCAGUUCUUUCAGGACAACGUUCAGUCGGUAUGGCACCUUCUCCUAGUAGUUCAUUAAAUACUCCUGCGGGUAUGGGAACAGCUCCAAGUCCAAUGGAAGAUCAUGUUUAUAAAGAAACACUUCGAAGACUAACAAAAUACAUUGAACCAUUGAGAAAAAUGAUUACCCGAUUAAAUGGCGAAGGAAAUGCUGAUAAAACGGCUAAAAUGAAAAAACUUCUUGAAAUUUUAUCGAAUCCAUCAAAAAGAAUGCCAGUGGAAACAUUACAAAAAUGUGAAAUUGCAUUGGAGAAAAUGGAUUUUUCUAAAAGAGGUGAUGGCAGUGUGGGACCUGCACUUGCAACAUUAAAGGAAAAUCAUUUUUUCAGUCCUCUUUUAGAAGCAGUUAGUUCACAUUUACAAAGUCCUGUUGCUAAUCAUACUUUACAGAGAACUUUUGGACCUUGUAUUGAAGCAUUUUUUGGUCCAGAAAUUAAAAAUUUACCACCUCCAUUGAAGAGGCAAAAAGUUGAGGAAUCAACAAGUGAAAUACCUGAUGUUCUACAGGGAGAAAUAGCAAGACUUGAUCAAAGAUUUAAAGUAAGUUUGGAUCCUGCACAACAAACCGGAUCAUUGUGCAUUCAAUUGAUAUGCUGGUUAGAUGAUCGUCAUCUUCCUUGUGUGCCACCAGUUUCAGUGUCAGUACCCGCUGAUUAUCCAUUGACACCACCUCGAUGUGUUAUGGCACCACAUGAAUAUACCACUGCAUUUCUCAGUGGUGUUAAAGAUGCCUUAACAGCACGAAUUUCAAAACUUCCCAAACAAUUUUCUGUUUCUCAACUUUUAGAUACAUGGGAAAUGAGCGUUCGUCAAGCAAGUGCUCCAUCAUCUAAAACUCCAACAUCAACUGGUAUUUUAAUGGGAACAUAACAAAAUUAUUAUACCUAUAUAUUUAUAUAUAUAUAAAUAUUUAUUUUUUACCAAUGUACAAUGAAUUUAAUUUUCAUUUUGUAUUCUCAUGUGGAAUAUUAAUAUAAGAUUACAAAUAUAA